UACGGAUUCUAUUUAUAAUCCGAUCCGAAAUCAAUCUCUCUUUCCCCCGUCUCCCCUCUCUCCCUCCAAGUUCUCAAUUGAGGGAAACCCUAAACCCUGAUGGCGAGAAAGGAGAGCAGAAAGAGGCCAAAAGCAACGAAGGUUGCUGAGAAUGCGAAGAAGGGUUCAUUCUCAGCCAAAAGACGUCGGCCUGAUGAUAAGAUCAUUGAUGUCCCCAUGCCAACUAGCUCAGCAAGUGAUGUUUCGGAAGAAGAAAUUGGCGGUGUUUAUAGAGAACCGUCGAUGUAUGACAAUUUGCUGAAGGCGUUGGGGUCUGGUAGUGACAAGCUUGCUAAAUUGUACAUGAGGAGGCAAAGAGAGCAAGAAGGCUUAAGUGAUGAAGAAGAAGAAGAAGAUGAAGAUGGGGGCUCAGACUCUGCUGGUGUUUCUGAUAAAGAAGAUGACCGUGAAGGAUCUCCUGGUAAAUUUAACUUCGGAAAGGCUGCAAGGUAUGAAAUCACAGGCACCGAGCCUGCUAAUGUAGAUCAUGGUGAAGAAGCUGCAUCCGAGGAUGAAGAGGAAUCUUAUGAUGGAGAUGAUGCAGAUGAUGAUGAACAUAACUGUGAUUCUGCUAAUAAGACAAAUGAUACAAGCUCAUUCCAACUUCACUUGACUCAUACACUAAAAAGUGAAGAAGUUGAUGACUUGACCAAAAAGAAAUGGAAGUUUAAAUGGGAGAUGCCUGCAACUAACAUACCAGUGUCAAAGUGGGUAGGAACAAGUGAACAUUUUAUGAAGGAGGUUAGCAGUGACUUGUGCUAUGGAUUGAAGGAGAAGCUGUUUAAGCACUGGCUGAACAUUUUUGGAACACAAGGAUCUGGUGAUUUUCAUUCGUCAAAGCAGAGAUUAUUCUUUUCCCUUUGCAAUAGCUAUCAAGAUAUAAUGCACUGCAACAAGAAGCCUUUUUAUCUCAAAGGCCGGGAAGAGGAUUCAAGUAUUAUGGAUGCAUAUAUUAUGCAUGCUUUAAAUCAUAUAUAUAGAACUAGGGAUCUCGUUACUAAAAAUGAUGCAAAGCAGAAGAAGAAUGAAGAUGGUAAAAAGGAAGAUAUUAUCUAUGGUGGCAGCUUUCUUGACCAUGGCUUUACCCGUGCGAAGGUGAUGUUCCUAUUACCCCUUAGGAGCAUAGCACUACGUGUUGUCAAAAGGCUAAUCCAACUGACUCCCUCAUCAGAUAAAGCUAAUGUGGAGUACUUUGAUCGAUUUUCGGAAGAAUUUGGAGCUGAAGAUGCUGAGGAUGAUGUAUCAAAUAAUGAUGCCAGCUCCAAAUCUCAAAAAUCUGUAAAACCUACUGAUUUCCAACUUCUUUUUGGUGGCAACCAUGAUGAUCACUUUGUGGUUGGCAUCAAAUUCACAAAGAAAAGUAUUAAGCUGUACAGUGAUUUUUAUUCUUCUGACAUAAUCGUAGCAUCUCCUCUUGGAUUAGUAACUAAAAUUGGGGAGGCAGAGAUUGACAAGGAUAAGGAUGUUGAUUACCUAUCCUCAAUAGAGGUCCUUAUUGUUGAUCACGCAGAUGUUAUAGCAAUGCAGAACUGGUCUCAUGUGAAUACUGUUGUUGAACAAUUGAACUGCACACCAUCUAAGCAGCAUGGCACCGACAUCAUGCGCAUUAGACCAUGGUAUCUGGAUGGCCAGGCACGCUUUUAUCGGCAAACGAUACUCUUAAGCUCAUUUCUUAAUCCAGAAAUGAAUGCAUUAUUCAACCGACUUUGUGUUAAUUAUGAAGGGAAGGUCAAGCUGUUAACCGAGCAUAAAGGUGUUCUACCUAAAGUUUUGCUUCAAGUAAGGCAGGUGUAUGAACAAUUUGAUGCUCCUUCAAUUGCUGAAGUUGAUGAUGCCCGUCUAGAUUACUUCACUAAAAGGGUGUUCCCUAAGAUAAAAGAUUCACUUGAGGGUGGAACUAUGCUGUUUAUAAGUUCCUAUUUUGAAUUCGUCAGGAUACGAAAUUUCUUGAAGUCUCAGAAUGCUUCUUUCUGUUUGCUUGGAGAGUACACAAAGCCCAGUGAUAUAUCUCGUGCAAGGGUUUGGUUUUUCGAGGGCAAGAGAAAGAUCAUGCUCUAUACUGAGAGAGCUCAUUUCUAUCACAGAUACAAGAUUCGUGGAGUACAGAAUCUAAUUGUUUACUCUCUUCCAGAGAGAAAGGAAUUCUACCCUGAGAUUAUUAACAUGCUUGAAGCCUCGAAAAACAUUGCUUGCAGUGUGCUUUUCUCACGGUUUGAUCAUCUUAGACUGGAGAGAAUUGUAGGAACUCAUGCAACAAAAAGGAUGCUCUCCUCCGACAAAGAUAUGUUUGUUUUCUGCUGAAAAAUUAAAUUUUGAAAAAAAAAACACACUUA